ACGCGGCCCGACGGGGCGACAGAUGCGCGGCCCGAGAAGGCGGUCGAGCCCGGGGCGCUCCGCCCAGACUAUUGGGCCACGUUGGAUAGCGCACGGAGAAGCGUUUAUCUCGUCCCUCAGGGCCAGGCGCGCCCCCUUCAAGAUUUCCAGGAUCUCCCAGCCCCCGUGGGCUGUCUGAGCCCCGCGCGCGCGGCAUGGAUGAUGAACUCCAUGGCCAUGGGCGGGGUUGUUUCCAGGAAGGGCGACCAGCGCAGCGCGGCGUGCAUGGGCAGGGGUUUUUUCGAGCGAGCUGGCCAUCCUGACUUCGUCGACAAUGCUGUCUGCCCGUGGCAGUUGCGGCUCGACGACGUCGCGAGGAGGGCGGGCAUCUCCGACGUGAUCUUGGCCCUCGUGGCUAGCGCGAAGAGCUGGGGCGACCGGGAGAGGGGCGCUCUGAGCAACUCUACGUGCAUGACACCUCUCGCGUUCAUGGCCGCGUUGGCGCGGUCGCAGAAUCUCGCGCGCUGCCUGGUGAACGACCGCCCCUGGACCGAGAGGGCGCUCAAGCGCCGCCCC